AUGAGUGUAAACCAUCCUUCGAGUCCAGACUUCCAGCUUGUUCAUCAGUGUGGCCAAUUCGAAUCAUCACAACUAAGUAACACCUUUCUUGACGGGUUGCGCCCACUAGCCGAAUCUUCAGCCAUCAAGCCUUCCAACCCCAAAGGCAAUGUUACUUACAGCAUAGUUCAAAACAGGCCUUCUCUGUGUUCAUCAGAAUUCAAAUCGCCUUCUUCACAUGAUGCUUCACUGAACAUUCUCAAUCUCGAUUCCUUAUCCAAUAAACUUCUGUCAUUAAGCACAUCGGAUACCAAAGCCGAAGGCCAAAAUAUUGCCUUAAGAGAUCCCGAGGAAAACAAAGUCGACAUUGAUGUGAUUGAUUUUCGUCUGAAUGCCGACGAGCUGCGUCAUUUAGAAGAGGCUUUUAGCGAUUUAUCGACAGGUCCAAGGGACACUGGUGCGAUCGCAACCGUAACUCUCGAGAGGCCAGGCGAAUUAUCAGCCUCUCAGUCUUCAGGUCAGGCAACUAAUGUCUCCUCUCUUCCUUCGCUCUCCUCAGAUCCCACCGACAAUAGGAUUCUGCCAUCAGGAAGUACUGGGGAUGGAUACAAUACAAAUCAGGAAGUAGCUGUUCGUGAGGAUCAGGAAAAUCAACCACCCAUUGGUGGUUGGGACUCAAAUGUUUUAUCGGAAGCCUACUUUUACGGAAGACCUUUAUCAACCAUUGUUGAGUGGCAAAGUCGUGAGUCCUUCUCGUCUACAACUGCUUAUCAAGGAAAGUCCCAAGUACAAGACAAGACCAGAGAGGCUAUUGCUGUUAAUGAAACCUUGGAAAACGCUUCUGAACCAAAAAAUGACGGUGAGGACACUCAGUAUUCAUUUGACUACGGUCAAAUGGCAUACCUUGUUCCUGGUGUUGGUUAUUGGUACGUAAAUGAGGUGUCGAAAUCGGUGAAUAAGGACAAGGCUAUCGAGCCUCAAGUUCCACCCGUUCCUGCACCGAGGACCUCUCUACUGCCGUCGUCAAUAUGGGUGCCACCACUCGACCUUUCCACCCUCGCACAGGCUACUCCCUCCACUGCCACUAUCGCCACAGUCCCUUCCAACCCUAACUCCUCUUCUCCACACUCCUCUAGAGGCUCUUCGAUGGUACCUAGGCCCUCACCAUCAUCAGAUGCGACAGCGAAGAAUGGCGUGGUUGCUGAUUCCUCAUUGGGGACUUAUGCCAUAGCAACGCAGACAAUCUCACGGGAAAGUGGCAGCAUGAUGAAAAUGAAAGAUGCGAAGACUACUUGCGAGGUAGAAUUAAACUCUUCCACACCCUCAGAUGCCACCAGUGCCUCACCGGAGGUUCCACCGAAAGCACCCGGUAAUGUAGAAAUGUGUACACAUGAUGAAGGUGGACAAAAUCUUUUCAAUGUGGGAAAAGAUAAUGGAGCAACUGCAUUGGUAAAUAGCAAGAAUAAACACCCCCUUAUGGCCACCUCCCGCUGCCUCUUUUGGCGUGCUUGUACCUAUGGUCAUGAAAGCAAGCAAGCGUUCGUUCUUCGUCAAGAUUCUGACCAUCUUAUGAAAGUGAAGCUGCAAAUUACGGAAGGAAGGGACUUCUUUACGCUACUCGACCACCGUGGCUUUAUUACCCAGAAAGGAUCACGCGUGAUAGAACUUCCUCCGCGGCUGGCAUGCACGGUGACUGUGGUUUAUAAACCACGUCCACCGCUUUUUUGGCACACUGGAAUCCUUGCCUUCCGUGAAGUACCCUGCAAAAGUGAUGCCAAUGCUCAAAGCUCUAGCUCUCGCUGCUACCUGCAACGCUUAAUCGGUUACGUGGGAGGAAGCAGCGUCCAAUGUGACUUUUGCAGAGGCGUGGAUGAAAAGACCUACUGGACGUCUGCCUUUUCCACCCCCACCGAGGCUGACAAACCACUUCGGACGAAAUCCUCCUAUUACGCUCGCGUCUCCAUUCUCAAUGUUGGUCUUCGUACAGCGUGGGUUUUCGCUGUAGCCAUGGCACCCAACUCCUGUAAGGACAGCUCACUCACCCCUCUAUCUGGGGUGCGCAUCAGACCUGCCCGAUUUGUUCUGAGACCCAGUGAAUCACGGGACGUCAUCAUUUCGAUAGCGGAUGAGCCUCUUGAAGUCCAGGUUCUCUUUUAUAAUGGCGACGAAAUUCUGCGUUAUCAGUGCAGAAAAAUGCUUGCCGCUACUGGUCAACCUGAGCAAUCGCCUCCGCGCACAUUGCCGCGGCCGCAUCACCGUCUUCGCUCUGCCUACAUUAUGAGGCCCUUCGAUGGAGAAACUCAAGAUAUGCCGGUUCGCUUCGCUACUGCAUAUUCACCUACCACAGGCGAGAUGUCCCUUUCCGUCUCGGAAGGUCACUACAACUGGCAUGGGGCUUUACAGGACGAGCAACGCUCCCGCGCCCCCCUUAGUCUUACCAUCUACCCUCUGCUUACUGAGGCAUCCACCUCCAGCUUUGAGGCCUCGAGCUCUCUCAUUAUUGGCCAUCACAUUGAGGAUGAUUUCCACCAACUCGCGAAUGAGAACGUGCGAUGGCCGAGCGGAGAUAGCGACGCCACACCGGGUCGUCUAACUUCCCUUUCCAUGGGAAAUCCUGCCUUCGCCAGAUCCUCUCAGCGCAAACGCGAUAGGCUAUCUCCCUCUCCCGCCACUACUUUACCUUACGAGGACAUUUGUGACUAUCCGCCCCCCAAUUUGAACUCACCUCCCCAGCCCUCGAAGGUACCCUUGGUCACCCUUCGCCCUGAUUCUCAACUCAUCUUUGCCCCCUGUCGACCCGGACUAUUUACCUCUGCAACCCUACAAAUUGAGCUGGCGGCGUUGGAUGCCUCGCAGAGCGUGGAAGGUAGCGGUAACCUCACAUCGAGCACCACGUCUCGUAGGCGCCUCUCAUCGCUAUGGCGCCUUUACUGGCGCGCGACACCUGUGCGGGCGGAAGGGGUGGAAAGCGUCUUCGCCUUCCUUGUGCCGCCGCGUCCUCUUCUCGUUGAGCCUGGCGAGACACAUCAUCUACCCUUCAGUUUCCGUCCGCCCCGCGACGCCCCCCCGGACACCCGGUUCUCUCAGCGCUGGCUUUUUUCCUUCCACCUCUCACGUGACGUCACUGGCCCUCUUGUACUCGAUGCUGCUUUUAAUGGACCCACUCAAGAAUCUGAAAUCCUCUUUGUGGGCGACACACUUAGUGAAUCUCAUCAGGUGUCGGUGCCAGGGCCCAAGGCUGUUAUUGUUAAACCACUGCUUAAGUUUAGGGGUGUCCCAGUCGUGUUCAGGCGUAACGACCAGCAGUGCCAGGUUAAUUUGAUCAACACCUCUUUCGAUGAGCGGCUGACGGUGAUUGUGGGGCAAAUAAACUCUCCAGCCUUUGAGUUGAUCAGACCAACAUCGAAAAAGUUUUUUAUAGAACCUCGAUCAAGCGUGCGUAUGGUUGUUCAAAGCCGAUUUGGAGAUGCGUUGAAGAGUGCGAAGGAAACCACUGCCUUUCUACCUUUGUGGUGGUCGAGCGAGGCGGAUCAAACAGUUAGAUACGAGAGAAGUGUUCCCCUCAAGGCAAUUUUCUGUAGCGGCACUCCAAUGGUGGUCGUUUUAUGA